UCCCUCCUCCCCCGGUAAAUCCGAAGUUUCCUGUUAAGCACGGGCGAAGCUUUGCAAAGCGGUUGCGGAGCCGCCCGCUCGCUCCUUGGGAUUACCGUCGGGAGAGACUCCGCUCGGCUCGGGAAGGGCCCCCGCCCCCGCCGCCACCUCUCCUCCUCCUCCUCCCCAGCCUUCCUCCAUCCCCGAGGGCGGACGCUGCACGCUGAGCCCCGGCUCUCUCCCCCCUCCCCCCCGCUGGAUUUACGUUGUCGUUGGGGAGCUGUGUAUGGAGGUGGGGGUCGUCCGCCUCCCUUUGCCCCGAUUGCAGCCUGGUCCCAUGUGAACCGCACGGCACGGCUAUGCUCCUGGGGACACCGAGCUCCGCCGAACUAAGGUCCUGGCUGCUACCAUGAGUGAUGGCGAGAGCCGAGAGCCGCGCCCGGCCGGCGGCGAGGUGCGGGUGCCCAUCACCGUGCCGCCCCGCCGUUCCGCCGAGCAGCCCCUGGACGAUGCCGGCUCCGUUCCCAGCGGUUCUCCCAGCCGCGACCCGCCGCCCGACCUGGCCUCCGAGGAGGAGGAGCAGGUGCCUUACCCGGCGCUGGCACCCACCGCUUUCUUCUGCCUCAAGCAAACCACCCGCCCGCGCAGCUGGUGCCUCAGGCUGGUCUGUAACCCCUGGUUCGAGCACGUCAGCAUGCUGGUCAUCCUCCUGAACUGCGUCACCCUGGGCAUGUUCCAGCCCUGCGAGGAUGUGGAGUGUCAGUCGGAGCGCUGCACCAUCCUGGAGGCAUUUGACGACUUCAUUUUCGCUUUCUUUGCGGUGGAGAUGGUGAUCAAGAUGGUGGCCCUGGGGAUCUUUGGGAAGAAGUGUUACCUUGGAGACACGUGGAACCGCCUGGACUUCUUCAUCGUGAUGGCGGGCAUGAUGGAGUACUCCCUGGAUGGACACAAUGUCAGCCUGUCUGCCAUCCGCACUGUGCGUGUGCUGCGGCCGCUGCGAGCCAUUAACAGGGUUCCAAGUAUGCGAAUACUCGUCACCCUGCUGUUAGAUACUCUGCCUAUGUUAGGCAACGUCCUCCUCUUGUGCUUCUUUGUCUUCUUCAUCUUUGGGAUCGUCGGUGUGCAGCUCUGGGCAGGGCUGCUGAGAAACAGGUGUUUCCUGGACAGGAAUUUGGCAACGACGUAUAACCUUACCUUCCUGCAUCCGUACUACCGCACAGACGAAGCAGAGGAGAAUCCAUUCAUCUGCUCAUCCCAUCGUGAGAACGGCAUGCAGAAAUGCUCCAACAUCCCAACCAGGAAGGAGUACAAGGUGGAGUGCACCUUGAGCAUGGACUCCUACACCCCAAAUUUAUACAACCCUGACUUCAGCAGCAAGAAUGCCUGCAUAAACUGGAACCAGUAUUACAACGUAUGCAUGGCAGGGGAUGUAAACCCACACAAUGGAGCUAUCAAUUUUGAUAAUAUUGGCUAUGCCUGGAUAGCUAUAUUUCAGGUUAUAACCCUGGAAGGAUGGGUUGACAUCAUGUAUUAUGUGAUGGAUGCACAUUCUUUUUACAAUUUUAUAUAUUUUAUAUUGCUUAUAAUAGUGGGCUCCUUCUUCAUGAUCAACCUGUGCCUGGUGGUCAUCGCCACACAGUUCUCAGAAACAAAGCAGCGGGAGAACCAGCUGAUGCAGGAGCAGCGGGCCCGUUAUCUCUCCAAUGACAGCACAAUUGCCAGCUUCUCAGAGCCAGGUAGCUGCUACGAGGAGCUGCUGAAGUACAUCUGCCAUAUCUUCAGGAAGGUGAAACGGCGGACAGUACGCCUGUACAAUAACUGGCAGAGCAAGCGCAGGAAAAAAGUUAACCCAAACAACACCACAAACGGGCAGAGCCGCCGAGGCAAAAAGCGCAUCACCUCCAUUCACCACCUCAUCCACCACCACCACCAUCACCACCACCACUACCACCUGGGCAAUGGGAACCUGCGGGCGCCCCACGCCAGCCCGGAGAUCUGUGACCUGGAACUCAAGGUGAUGAAGCCUGGCAGCCAGCUGAUGCUCCCUUCUCCAUCACCCAACUUGCAGAGCCCCGCGCCUCCUCCAGAUUCGGAGUCUGUGCAUAGCAUUUACCACGCGGAUUGUCACGUUGAAGGACCACAAGUGAACUGUAAGUCUUCCAAUGCUCCUGCAAACAUUAAACUUGCUGCUGGACUCUCCAACCGUGGCAACAUGAAUUAUCCUACCAUCCUGCCUUCACCAACUAGCAAAGCCAGUUCUGUCCCAGUUCCCAAAGGAAAGAAGAAUGGCAAUUCACCUGUGGCUGUAGUUAAUAGCCCUGUAACUUUGGGCACGGAUUCUUAUGGGAAGCUGCAGCAACUGGUAGGAGAGCAUGGUCUGCGGAGGACACCCAGCCGGCUGUCAGGGCUGAGCAUGGCCUGCCCACUGCCCAGCCCACCGGGCGGCACGCUGAGCUGCGAGCUGCAGGACUGUCCCUUCUGUGCCAGCCUCCUGGAGGACCCCGAGUUUGCUUUCAGUGAGUCCGACAGCUGUGACUCUGACAGCAAUGGUGUCUAUGAGUUCACCCAGGACCUGCGGCACGGUGACCACAGGGACCAACUGCAGCAGCAGCGCAGCAGGAGGAAGAGAAAGAAGAAGAAACCCAAGGAGAGGAACAAGGUCACCCGCCUGUGGAAGGCAUUUGGCAGCAAGCUGAAGAGGAUUGUGGACAGCAAGUACUUCAACCGUGGGAUCAUGAUCGCGAUCCUUGUGAACACUCUCAGCAUGGGCAUCGAGUACCACGAGCAGCCAGAGGAGCUGACCAACGCCUUGGAGAUCAGCAACAUCGUCUUCACAAGCCUGUUUGCCCUAGAGAUGCUGCUCAAAGUCCUUGUCUACGGCCCCUUUGGCUACAUUAAGAACCCGUACAACAUCUUUGAUGGGAUCAUAGUUGUCAUCAGCGUCUGGGAGAUCAUCGGGCAAUCCGAUGGCGGUCUUUCUGUGCUGCGGACUUUCCGGCUCCUGCGGGUUCUGAAGCUGGUGCGCUUCAUGCCGGCCCUGCAGCGGCAGCUUGUCGUCCUCAUGAAGACCAUGGACAACGUUGCCACCUUCUGCAUGUUGCUCAUGCUCUUCAUCUUUAUCUUCAGCAUUCUCGGCAUGCAUCUUUUUGGAUGCAAGUUCAGUCUGAAGACUGAUACAGGAGACACAGUUCCAGAUAGAAAGAAUUUCGAUUCCUUGCUCUGGGCCAUUGUGACAGUAUUUCAGAUCCUCACUCAAGAGGACUGGAAUGUGGUCCUGUACAACGGGAUGGCAUCAACAUCUUCAUGGGCAGCACUCUACUUUGUGGCCCUGAUGACCUUCGGCAAUUAUGUGCUCUUCAACCUUCUGGUUGCCAUUCUGGUGGAAGGCUUCCAGGCAGAGGGGGAUGCCAAUAGGUCAGACACAGAUGAGGACAAGACAUCUGCCAACUUUGAUGAUGAUUUUGAGAAGCUGAAAGACCUCCAUGCAACAGAGAUGAAGAUGUACUCACUUGCCGUCACCCCGAAUGGGCACCUGGAGGGCAGGGGCAGCAUGCCACCCCCUAUAAUCAUGCGCACCGCUGCCACACCGAUGCCCACCCCAAAGUGUUCCCCACACAUGGAUUCAGUGCACACUUUUGUGGACUCGAGGAGAGGGAGUAACGCUUCUCUAGAUCCCCUGACCUACGAUCAGAAGUCCUCGUCCAGCCUCCGCAGUUCCCCUUGUGCCAACUGGGGUACCAACAGCAACUGGGGAAGCCGACGCUCAAGCUGGAACAGCCUGGGCAGAGCCCCAAGCCUCAAGAAGAAGAACCAAUCUGGUGAAAGAGAGUCUUUGCUCUCCGGGGAGGGGAAAGGCAGCACAGACGAUGACUCUGAUGAUGCCAAGUCCAGCACGGUCAGCAGGCCCUCAUUGCACCGCCGGGCAGAAUCCUUGGAUUACCGCAGCUCCCUCGACCUGCCCGAGCUGCUGCAGCUGCCCCCCAUGCGCCAUUCGCUCAGUAUCAGCCCCAUGGCUGUUCUGCCUGCUGAGUACCAAGACUGCAAUGGCAAGAUGGUGCACGUCCCCAGCGAGUUCUUCCUGCACAUCGAUGGCCACAAGGAAGAGGCCGUGGACUAUGAGGAUGACAUGGAGGAUAGUUACUGCUACCGGAUUCGUAAAGUCCUGGAGCCCUACAAACCAGAGUGGUGCAAGAGUCACGAGGAUUGGUCCCUCUACUUGUUUUCCCCACAGAAUAGGUUCCGAGUGAUGUGCCAGAAGGUCAUUGCCCACAAAAUGUUUGAUCAUGUGGUGCUGGUCUUCAUAUUUCUCAACUGCAUCACAAUAGCACUGGAGAGACCAGACAUAGAUCCGCACAGCACCGAGAGGAUAUUCCUGAGUGUUUCUAAUUACAUCUUCACUGCAAUCUUUGUGGCUGAAAUGAUGGUUAAGGUAGUAGCUCUUGGCUUUUUCUCUGGGGAGAACACCUAUCUGCAGAGCAGCUGGAACGUCCUGGAUGGAGUCCUGGUCUUCGUAUCUAUCAUAGACAUCAUUGUCUCCAUGGCAUCAGCAGGAGGAGCAAAGAUCCUGGGUGUCCUUCGUGUUUUGAGGCUGCUACGGACCUUGAGACCUCUCCGAGUCAUCAGCAGAGCCCCAGGUCUGAAGCUGGUGGUAGAAACCUUGAUCUCCUCCUUGAGGCCUAUUGGGAAUAUUGUUCUCAUCUGCUGUGCUUUCUUCAUUAUCUUUGGGAUUUUAGGGGUGCAGCUUUUUAAAGGCAAAUUCUACUACUGCGAUGGUCCCGAUGUGAAAAACAUCACUACGAAGACUGACUGCACUAAUGCACACUACAGAUGGGUUCGGCGGAAGUACAACUUUGACAAUUUGGGACAGGCCCUCAUGUCCUUGUUUGUCCUUUCCUCCAAAGACGGCUGGGUGAACAUCAUGUAUGAUGGUCUGGAUGCUGUGGGUAUUGACCAACAGCCCAUCCAGAACCAUAACCCUUGGAUGCUUCUCUACUUCAUCUCCUUCCUGCUCAUCGUCAGCUUCUUCGUGCUCAACAUGUUCGUGGGGGUCGUGGUGGAGAACUUCCACAAGUGCCGGCAGCACCAGGAGGCAGAGGAGGCCCGACGUCGGGAGGAGAAACGUCUGAGACGCCUGGAGAAAAAGCGCAGGAGUAAGGAGAUGUACCUGUCUGAAGCCCAGCGUAGGCCUUACUACGCUGACUAUUCUCCAGCUCGGAAAUACAUCCACACCCUCUGCACCAGCCACUAUCUCGACCUCUUCAUCACCUUCAUCAUUGGAGUCAACGUCAUCACCAUGUCGAUGGAGCACUACAACCAGCCAAAGUCCCUGGAUGAAGCCCUGAAGUACUGUAACUACGUGUUCACCAUAGUUUUUGUGUUCGAGGCAGUCCUGAAGUUGGUGGCAUUUGGUUUUCGAAGGUUCUUUAAGGACAGGUGGAAUCAGCUGGAUUUGGCCAUAGUUCUCUUAUCAAUUGUGGGAAUCACGCUGGAGGAAAUAGAGAUGAACGCUGCGCUGCCCAUCAAUCCCACCAUAAUACGCAUCAUGCGGGUGCUGAGAAUAGCAAGAGUGCUGAAACUGCUUAAAAUGGCCACUGGAAUGCGAGCUCUCCUGGACACAGUGGUACAAGCACUUCCCCAGGUAGGGAACCUUGGCCUACUUUUUAUGCUCCUGUUUUUUAUCUAUGCUGCCCUGGGAGUGGAAUUGUUUGGCAAGCUGGACUGCAGUGAAGAGAAUCCUUGUGAAGGGCUGAGCCGACAUGCGACCUUCACCAACUUUGGGAUGGCCUUCCUCACCCUCUUCCGGGUGUCCACAGGGGACAACUGGAACGGUAUCAUGAAGGACACUCUCCGGGAAUGCACUCGGGAAGACAAGCAUUGCCUCAGUUACCUGCCUGUUAUCUCUCCUGUCUACUUCGUCACCUUCGUCCUCAUCGCACAGUUCGUUCUGGUCAACGUGGUGGUCGCCGUGCUCAUGAAGCACCUGGAGGAGAGCAACAAGGAGGCCAAGGAGGAUGCAGAGAUGGAUGCUGAGAUUGAGCUGGAGAUGUCCCGAGGAGCGAGCACCUCAGCCACCAGUGGAAGCAGGGGAGGUGCAGUGGCCCUGGAGAGCAGAGCACCCUGCAGAAGCCAGGAGGCCAUGAAGUCAGAGCCAACAGCGCAGGCAAAGCACCAAGCCCUGGAGGAGCUGAGCUGUGAGAACGUGUCUGUAUCCAUCCCAGACACACUGGAGGGGGCUGAGACUCCCAUGAUGGAAAUCUCGUCCUUCUGCUCUGUUUCCCACCAUAUCCUGACACCUUCCCACCAUCCCUGGGGCCGCAAGGCUGAGGGAGGCACGGGCAGCCUGCAGCCUCAGGACUCGCAGAACCUGCUGACAGUCCGCAAGAUCUCCGUUUCACGCAUGCACUCCUUGCCCAACGACAGCUAUAUGUUCCGGCCCGUGAUGCCAGCCAAAGCUCCCUAUCCCCUCCACGAGGUGGAGAUGGAGACUUAUCCCUGCAAGUCACAGCGAGGGUCCAUCACCUCCAUCCGCUCGCAGCCUGUGGGGACGUGCUCCUUGAAGGUCCCCCCAGAGUCCCUCCACGUGGCCAUGCGUUCCCCCGGCCGCGAGGGCUGGCACCGCUGGAAGGUCCUUCCCCCACACGUCGUCCCUCGGUCUCCUGCUCUCAGCAAGCUGCUUUGCCGACAGGAGGCCGUUCGGAAGGACUCGGUGGAUGGACACACUCUAGACCCCAAGGACAACCUGCAAGCAGAGCAUGGAGAGAUGCCACCAUCACCAAAGCACCCUCAGCACACCCUCACCCCCAGCCCUCUCCACCCUGCAGCCUCCUCCCUGCCAGCCUCCCCUCCACGCUCCCCACCAACCUCCCCACACCGGCACCCAUCACUGACUCAGAAACACCCCUGCAGCCAGCGCGGGGUCCCCAGUCCCACCGAGAGCCCCCCAACCCCCCAGGGCUGCCUCCUGGAGCCCUCCGACUUGGCUGACGAGGAGGUUCGCCACAUUAACAGCUCAGCCAAAGACUGGGGGGAGCACUCGGAGGCUGGGAGCUGCUCCACAUCACCAUUCGUCUCGCCGGCCACAUCGCCGGUGCCCCUGAAGAAUUGCAGCACAAGCAGCCUGGUGGCAGGCAGCGGCAAGGAGAGGGACUUGAAGAAGUUUUACAGCAUUGAUACAAAGGGCUUCCUCACCAAGCCCAGCUGGGCGGAUGACCAAAGGCGACACUCCAUCGAGAUCUGCCCCUCCGUCCGCGAUGGGGACUGUGGCUUCGAGGAGCGCACCGAGGAAAAGCCGCGCUCCCCUGCCCACAUCCAACCGGAGUCCGAGUACAUCCAUGGAGCCAGGAGGAAGAAGAAGAUGAGCCCGCCCUGUAUUUCUAUAGAUCCUCCCAUGGAGGAUGAUGGCGGGGCGGCCUCACGCACCAAACCCUCUGAGAACAGCAUGCUGCGCCGCAGGACCCCAUCCUGCGAGUUCCCAGCAUAUCGAGAGCCCCUGGAGCCAGCGGAGGCGCAGCCAGGGGAGCCGGGCUGCAAAGCAGAGCGCCGUGCACAGCACUUGGCCAUCCCCGGCUUCUCCUUCGAGCAGUCGGAUGGCGGCUCCCUGAGCAGCCUCUCGGAUCUGCUGGACAGUGGGCGAUCCACACCGGACUGCGAACUGAGAAAGCCGGAGCCUUUAAAAACUCAACGGAGCAACAGUGAGAAAAGCAAAGAGCUGCUCAGCGUGGCCAAGAGCCCCGUCCGGAUGCAGGACUUGGUGACUGUUGCGACAGAAGAAGACAUCGACGAGCCCGUAUAGCUGUCUGGGAGGGGGGUGCGGGGGGUCUCAAGGGCUUGACACCGACAUGGGGUUGGACACCGAAGGGGCUGCGCGGCCGCGUGGCCACACUCUGGUUUUUCCCUUUCAAGCAGUCCCUUCUUCUUAAGCGCUGUGGAGGUUUGCAAAAAAACAAAAACAAAAACAAAAAACAUUAAAAAAAAAA